CAGUCCACCCCCUCAGAGCCACCGACACAUCCCUCAAGCGAGCCUCCUCUGUCUCGCGCCACGACUGCGACCGCUGCGGCGUCCGAUGUUGCUGGGCCGAACGAUGCCGCCACGAAACUAGCUGAAGCCAUUGACGAUUUCCUGGGCGAUCUGGAGAAGAAGUUCAAGGGGAUCAGUGACGAGAUCUUGACAAAGCGUGAGCUAACUUCCGAGCCUCGUGACUUGCUCGUGGAUCUCAGGGCAGAGUCCUUUAGCUGACGCGGCAUGAACAUGGACCUAGUCGACGAUAUGGCCGAGAGAUGCGACCGACUGGAGCAAGAAAUGCUUCUUAGAGAUGCUAGCGCGAUGGAGACGGUUGGAAAGAUGCACACAGGGUCAACUACUGGCUCGACAUGA